AUGUCCAAAUUCUCUCUCCAAGGCCGAACUGCGCUAGUGACCGGAGGCGCCCGAGGCUGUGGGUUGGCCUUUGCUCGUGGUUUAGCAGAGGCAGGGGCGAACGUAGCUAUUUUCGACGUCAUAGAUCCGGACGCUACAUUCGAGAAUAUUGCGAAAGAUUUUGGUAUUCGCACAGCCUUUUACAAAGUCGAUGUUUCCUCACAGGAAUCUCUUGAACAUGGCUUCGCGGAAUUCCAAAAAGACUUUGACAACGCCAUUGAUAUCUGUGUCCCUUGCGCGGGGAUUAAUCGUCACCUCCCUUUCUUAGAAUUCACCUACAAGGAGCAUCACGAUUUGGUAUCCAUUAAUGUACUCGGGCUAUACUUCACUGCCCAGCUUGCGGCAAAACAAAUGAUAGCCAAUGGUACUAAGCAUGGAAGCAUCGUGCUAGUAGCCAGUAUGGCCAGUCAUAUUGCAGUGCGCAGCCAACUAUGCAGUGCCUAUUGUGGAACCAAAGGUGCUGUCCGCUCUAUGUGCCCUGCCAUUGCGAAAGAAUUAGCUGAAUAUGGUAUCCGAGUCAAUUCCGUCUCCCCUGGGUAUGUGCGAACGGAAAUGACCGCUGCUUUCUCCCACCUGAUUCCUAGCUGGGAAGCAGAUGCAAUGAACGGGCGUAUCGCCGAGCCCGAGGAUAUCAUGGGGGCAUGUGUCUUCCUCGCAAGUGAUGCCAGUGCGUACAUGACAGGGCAGGAUAUCGUUGUAGAUGGGGGAGUCACCCGAUGGUAG